UUUGCCACACAGACGCGGUUGGCGCGGGCGAACUUGACGAGCUCGACGACGUCGACGACAGCGACGAAAGGGCAUUCGCGGAGCGGCCACGACGCACACACUGCUAUACACAGGCCUGACGUGAACCACCAUGUUUAACGCGCCGCGCUCGACACAGCGAUACACCAGCGGCGGCUUCGGCAGCUUCGUCGACGAGAACCCGCUCGCGUCGUCGGUCUACGAUACCAUCGACCCCUGGAGCAAUGCCCCCAGCCCCGCCCCUCCCCCAGUGACGCACGCUAACUCGGUAUUCAGCUCUGUUAUAGCGGAUGCGACAGUGCCGGCGAUAUACAACCGAGCCUUCAACGCGGUCGACCUGGACAACACGGGGGACGUGUCUGUCAACUCACUCUCGCGGGCUCUGGCGACAUCAUCGCUCCCAGCAUCGACGAUCGACCGCAUCGUCAACCUCGUCAGCUCCCGCCCGCGGGUAUCCCGACUCGAGUUUUUCGUCGCUCUGGCACUCGUCGCUCUCGCGCAGUCGGGCAAAGACGUCAGCAUCGAACAAGUGGCCGCACUCUCCUCUGAGAACUCGCUCCCCGAGCCUGCUUUGGACCUCGACUCCCUCGUGCCGUCGACGUCGACGUUCUACAAGCCUGCAUCGCCACCUAUCGCGUCACCUGCACCCGCUUACUCCUCCUUUGACCCGUGGGGCCCUAGCCCAUUCACCACUGGCAGCGGAUUCGACAACACCAAGCCCACCGCCGCAACGUCCGAUGCUCCCGCUCUCACAAACGGCGCGUCGUCAAACUUCACUGGGACGGGUCUUCCACCGGAGUGGUGGCGCAAGCUCGAGAAAGUGCAAGUCAGUAUCGUUGGGCAGCAGGGGUUCAUCUUGAACCGCUACACCGUGUACCAGAUAACUUCAUCUCGAGGCUCUCCAGUGACGCGUCGAUACUCGGAGUUUGUAUACCUCUGGGAGGUUUUGACGAGACGCUAUCCUUUCAGGCUCUUCCCUGCGCUUCCUCCUAAGCGUAUUGGGCCCGAUGAAUAUUUUAUCGAGCAGCGGAGACGAGGGCUUGCGCGCGUCUUGAAUUUCAUCGUCAACCACCCUGUCAUCAAGGACGACGCUCUUCUGGGUGUUUUCCUAACCGAACCUUCGUUCGAGGUAUGGCGGAAACAAAACUCCGUCACCCUCGACGAAGAAUCGGCCAGCAAGCGCGUCGACCGCGUCGAGGAGAUGGCGAUCCCAAGUGAUCUGGAGGACAAACUCUCCCACGUCCGAGCCCAGGUGCCCCUGCUCAUUGAGCACUGGCAGCGCGCAUGUAUCCUCGCGGAGCGCAUCGUCAAGAAGCGCGAGGCAGCUGCGGUACGGACCAGCAGUCUUCGUCGUGCGUUACACAUCCCGGCUCACCUGCUCCCGUCCGCUUCUGCUCUCGGUCUUCCUUCUGCAAAACGCGCAUUCAACUCUGUACCGAACUCACCGAUAACCGCUACAAACCCUGUCCUGCCAUCGUCCUCACAUAACAAUGGUCUCCUCGCCUCCCCAUUGAGCGCGUCUUCCACCUUAUUACCCUCCGAUGCGUCCAUGACCGGCUCGUAUACCCCUGGCAUGGCUGGCAUGUCUGGUUCAUAUGCGCCUAACAUGUCCGGCUCGACGACACUACCGCCAUUGAAUGCUUCCGUCCUCUCCAUGGAACUCGGCGAGCAGAGCGACCUCUCGCGCCUUACAAACACACUUCGCGCGGUUGUCGAGGUUGGGGCGCCGUGCUGGCGGGGCGAGGAGUGCGAGCUGUCGAACGGGGUGCGGGCGGGGCUGAGCCAGGUUGCGGCGCACACGCAGCGGUAUGCAGAAAUGCAGGAGUUGAGGACUCGCUCGUUGAUGGAUACGACGCUGGAGGGGCUGAAGGCUCAACGCGACCUCUACAUCGCCAUGCGCGACCUCUUCGUCCGGCAUGACCGCCUAUCCGUCGAUCAGGUCGAGCGGCUAAAGAAGCGCGUUGAGACGACGUCCCUGAAGAUGGACGGCAUCAAGUCGACGCGGAAGGAGGGCUGGGAGAUCGAGGCGGACAAGCUGGCGAGCCAGAUCGAGCGCGACCAGGCGACGAUUGCGGCACAACUGAGCCGGAGGGUGUUCAUUCGGGCGUGCAUGUGGCACGAACUCAAGGUCGUCCUUCACAACCGCGAGAAUACGCUGCCGACGCUGCUCGUGCAGGCCUUUGCGCGAGAGGAGACUGAGUUUACGGAGAGCGUGCUGGCGAACUGGAACGCCUUGAGCGAGGCGGUGGAGAGUAUGCCGUUGGAGUGAGGGAUGCAGGGAGCUCGAGCGGUCGGGCCCAUGCUGUGGGUACCAACCAAAGCAUGAUGAUGACCGAAAGACACGGAUACUCCCAAACCCCCUUCCAUGCAUGCAGCACGUAUAUAUCUGGUAGUACCUUAUUCCUCACGACUUUCAUGACCCCUUUGCAAGUGUGUAUGUCUCCUAUGGACCUCUCCAAUGCACAGAUACCCUGUCGCGCAUUUGCUGGAUUUUAUGACCAUUGACCCAUAAUACAUCGAGCAACUGAGUUGAGGAAA